AUGGACGACUCUGAUGGCCCGUACACCACCGGCCACCACACACCUGUCGGCCCCGCCCCACCUCGCACGCCGACACCUGGGCUCCCGCGCUCCGUGGACACGGCAACACCUGUAAGCCAGCCGUCACCGCCACCCCAGCAGCCGCCAAGCCCCGACGUGGCCGCACUCACACACUGGGUGAACCACCUGUACGAAACCGUAGCAUCGCUAAUCACCUCACCACCUCAGGGCGUGUCACCAUCCAACUACUGGCAUCCACUGCCCCUUCACAGACCCCCACCGCCAGCCUACGCACCCACCACCCUGCCAUUCGGUACACCAUUAACUGCUUCUCAACCAGUCUGGUCUAGGCCCCAGCCCAUCAUACCCACCACGGUUGGCAUGCCCCUGCCCACCAUGCCUGCCACGGCUGGCAUAUCUUCGGCCACCAUGCCCGCCACGCCUGGCACACACUCGCCCACUAUUACGGCCACGGCUGGCAUGCCCAUGCCCAUGAUGCCCGCCACGACUGGCAUACCUCCGGUCCACAUUCCACCUACGGCUGGCAUGCCACUGCCCACCAUGCCCGCCACGGCUGGCUCGCCUUCGGCCCCCAUGCCCGCCACAGUUGGCGUGCACCCGCCCACGCUGCCAGCACUCCAGCAUACCCGCAGAAAGCCUCCAACCCGGCCCAUCGCCACCCACUCCAUGCCCAGCCAUGCACUGCGGAAAUUUUGGACGGACUGGGCCAUCUAUAAGCACCUGGCAGAUGUACCACCUAACGAGGCGCCGGUGGAGUUGUAUUUAUCGUGCGAUGGCGCACUACAGUCAGCCGUCCUUGCCGCCAACCAGCACUUCACCAGUCUCACGGAACCGCAACUAACGACCAUCAAUCACUUCAAUCGUCAGUAA